UUUAAUAGUUUUUAUGUUUAUACACAACAUUCGUACACACAAAAUCAAAUUAUAUACCUACUACUUUUAAUUCGAAUAAUUUCUAAUUUACACUAAUUAAUACACUUUUAAACUGUAUACAUAUUAUUAUAAACUUAUACUUGCACCUAUUGAUACAGCAUAGUUCAUUUAUCCUCGUUUCCUAUUUAGUAUUCAUUUGUCCAUAAUUCAAAAUGGCGAUGGCCGAAUUAAGACACCAAAUGCAUAUGCAAGAAGUAGAAAAAAAAAUCAAACUAUUGCAGAUGAAUUGGUUCAUAAAGAACUAUGAAGAAGCAAUUGGAAAUUCAGAUAAACCAAAACCAAUCGUUUCAAUCCAAUCGACCAAACUUAUCGAUGAAAUACGAGGAAUGAGAACCCUAAUCAAAGACAUAAAUGGCAAGCUAGAGGAGUACCAAAAGGAAAUAAAUAAGAAAGCGCUCGAAAAAUUAGACAAAAACGUAUUGUCACGUUUUGAAAUCGACAUUUCGUACAUGUACCCUAUACCACACGAUAUCAAACAUCAAUUGUAUAACGGUAUAAGCAGGAAUGAAGAAGGCCGAUAUCGUUAUUUGAAAACGAGAAACACAUUCUCACCGGACGAAAAGUAUAGGGCGUGUCCUACACAAAACUAUAAAUACGGAUGGAAUUUUAAUAAAAUGGGUCUCAGUAUGGUACCAAAGCAUGGAAGAAAACAAGUGCUUAAGAAAGCGAUGUAUAGUAUCCACGGUAUUACACUAAGUGAGAAGCAUCCGACGCAAAGACCUCCGAAUUCCCCUGGAAAUUUGGAAAUAGAGUCUUUAUGAAAAUAAAAAACAGUGACACAUUUU